AAUAUCAACAAACUUCCCUUUUACUUUACCAUUCAUCAUCCACCACAACGAGUUUCUUCAUCCAUCUCGAUAAUUCAUCAUCAUGUUGGCAGUAUUCGACAAGAGCGUAGCCACCAUCCCCGAUGGCCUACAAACCCCACAACAAGACCCAUCCCUGAAUGCCCUGAAAGAUGCUGCUCUCUCUCGCCACUUCACCUCUCUCCACCCCUCAGCCGUCACCAUCAAUCUCGGUGGUUCUGGUCUCAUCUCUUACUCCAUUGAUAAACAAAACCCCCUCUUACCAAGAUUGUUUGCUGUUGUGGACGACCUAUUCUGCUUAUUCCAAGGUCACGUAGAGAACGUCGCACCCUUAAAGCAACAAUACGGGCUAAACAAGACAGCGAAUGAAGUCACAAUUGUUAUCGAGGCUUACAGAACUUUAAGGGACAGAGGUCCUUACCCUGCAGACCAAGUCAUGAGAGACCUCCAAGGAAAAUUUGCUUUCAUUCUCUAUGACAGCACUACAAAGUCCACUUUCAUUGCCGCUGAUGCUGAUGGCAGUGUGCCUUUCUUCUGGGGCGCUGAUUCAGAAGGGCAUUUGGUGCUCUCUGAUGAUGUGGAAACCGUAAAGAAGGGCUGUGGGAAAUCCUUUGCACCAUUUCCGAAAGGGUGUUUCUUCACUACAUCUGGAGGGUUAAGGAGCUUUGAGCAUCCACUGAAUGAACUGAAGGCGGUGCCUAGAGUGGACAGUUCAGGAGAGAUGUGUGGUGCAAAUUUUAAAGUGGAUUCCGGUUCAAGGAAAGAGUCUGGAAUGCCGAGAGUCGGGAGCGCUGCUAAUUGGUCCCAACACUACUGAUAAGGGGUCAUGGUUUUUUUUAUUACUAUGGCACUAAAGAGACAUUAAAUCUUUCUUCUGUUUAUUUGCCUAUGGUGUGUUAAAAAGUUUAUGAGUAAGGUGUGUUAGCAAACACCAUGCAAUAAAACUACUUUCACGAAUCCCUUUGACAUGUGUUUAA